AGUACGCUGUGCCGUUCUCUAGCAAGGGAGCCAUUCUGGCUAGCUACAGGUAGACACGUUUCGAUUAUUGGCUCCGUACGCUAUCACUGACCCUCCCUCCCCGUCCUCUCCGUCUUCCAGAAUGGCGUCCCAGUUACCCAGUGGCCCAGUACAGACCUCGGCUCCUCCAACCAACCCAGCCACCUCUGCAGACAGCUCAUCUUCUCCUUCCUCCACACACCUCUCCUCUCCUCCGUCCAGAAUGAAUGAAAGGCCGACACUUCCAGAGCUCCUCAGUUUCCCCACACACUCGGGAGAACCCAUCAACAUCAUCACAAAAGUUGGAGUGAACUAUGAGAUGUUGGGGAUUCUGUUACUGCAAGACAAGGAUGGGUCCAUCAUGCCAACCAUCACAUUCGAAUGCAAUAGGAACACUACACUGAUCACCACUGAGCUCUUGAGGCGUUGGUUGAGGGGGGAAGGGAAGAAGCCGGUGACCUGGAGAACUCUGACGGACUCUCUCAAGUCCAUUGGUCUCUCUUCCCUGGCCUCCUGCAUUGAACACUCUCUCAAGUAA